AUGUCAAAGAGGAAACUUGAGACAAGUGAAGACGCUAAUCAGCCAAGCAUUGCCCAAUUUUUCAAUGUGAAAGGGGAAAAAGCAGAUGCAGAAGAAUCUGACAACAAUGAAACUCUUCGAAUCACUUACUUUGCGGAGAAAGAGGAGGAGGAUGACAAGGGAGAGAGAAAGAAAAAACAACAGAAGCGCAGUAGCAAGGGUGAUGUGCCUUCAGCGGCGAAGAAUGCUGCGAAGUCGUCUGGAGUUCAACAGAGCAAGAAAGCUCAACUCAACAAGACGAACAGGUCAAUCAACGACCCUGUUACCAAGAUUGAGGGAGGGGAAAAGGUCACCUCAAUGUCUCCGUCAAAAUCACCCAGGCAGGAGCAAUCCAGCAAGCGGCAGAGCAAACCGAACUCCAAGAACGCCGGCCGCAAGAAUAGAAAAUCGGAAUCUUCAAAGGUUACUCUAGAAUCGAUUGCACUGCAGUAUGGUGAAGGAGUUCAGACCCCAAGGCACAAGCCCAAAUUCCACGAAGGAGAUCGAAUUUUGGGUGUGAGUCACAUCAGUCAUGGUGAACUUUAUGAGGCAAAGAUAUUGAAAAUUCGGCCAGAAUUGAAGCAGGGACAGCCAAUUUGGCAGUAUAUGCUCCAUUACCAAGGUUGGGCGAAGAAAUGGGAUGAGUGGGUUAAUGAAGAUGGAUUAUAUGAAGACAAUGCAGAAAGUAGAAAACUAAAGCAAGAGAUUUUGGAUAGAAACAAAGCGCGGCGAGAAGAGUUGAAAGCCAAGGGCAAAAAGCAAGUUAAUGCAAAAGCAAGUUCCAACAAUGAAUCUCAAAGUAAUAUAGACCACGAGAGCUAUGAACCAAAAGAGAAAAACUAUAGGAUUACUCUCCCAAAUACAUUGCAACGCAGACUUCUUGAUGACCUGGACAUGAUUGAGGACAACAAGCUUUUGCCUAUUCCCAGAAAUCCCUGUGUGAAACAAUUUCUGCAAAAUUUCCUUGAUUUCAAGAAAUCGGCUGGUCCGUCGCCCCAGGAAUUUUCAAAGAUGGAAGACAUGAUCAAGGGUCUGGAGGUGUUUUUCAACAACACAUUUGCUAAAAUGCUGCUCUAUCGAUUCGAGAGUGUACAAUUUCGUAGAUUCUGUUCAGCAAAUCCAGGGAUGAGGCCAAGCGAGGUCUAUGGCGGAGAACAUUUCUUGCGGCUGAUGAAUGUGCAACCUAUUUUGACUGAUUUGGUCAAAUACCUCGAGAAGAACGAGAAUAUGUACAUGACAACAGAAUGGCAGCCUGUCGAUACAGAUUACAUUGAGAUGAUCGACCAGCAGGCGAUUAAUUGA